ACACCAUUAUUCAUCACAAACACUAAUUGAACAUCAACAACAAAGCUUCUCUCUUCAACAUUUUUAGUACAAUGGCUGCUUCAACAAUGGCCUUAUCUUCUCCUUCUUUUGCCGGAAAGGCUGUUCAGGUAGCUCCAUCUUCACCAGAACUCUUCGGAAAUGGAAGAGUUUCCAUGAGAAAGACUGUCAAGGCACCCGUGUCUAACAGCCCAUGGUACGGUCCAGACCGUGUCAAGUAUUUGGGACCAUUCUCUGGUGAAGCCCCAUCUUACCUCACUGGUGAAUUUCCAGGUGACUAUGGCUGGGACACUGCUGGACUUUCAGCUGAUCCCGAGACUUUUGCCAAGAACCGUGAACUCGAAGUGAUCCAUUCCAGAUGGGCUAUGCUUGGAGCCCUUGGGUGUGUUUUCCCAGAGCUAUUGGCACGUAACGGUGUCAAGUUUGGUGAGGCAGUGUGGUUCAAGGCUGGAUCACAGAUCUUUAGCGAGGGUGGACUUGACUACUUGGGUAACCCAAGCUUGGUCCAUGCACAAAGCAUUCUUGCCAUCUGGGCUACACAAGUCAUCUUGAUGGGUGCAGUUGAGGGCUACCGUGUUGCUGGUGGGCCACUUGGGGAAAUUGUCGACCCACUUUACCCCGGUGGAAGCUUUGACCCAUUAGGCCUUGCUGAAGAUCCAGAAGCAUUCGCAGAGCUCAAGGUGAAGGAGCUGAAGAAUGGAAGAUUAGCCAUGUUCUCCAUGUUUGGAUUCUUUGUACAAGCUAUUGUGACCGGAAAGGGUCCAUUAGAGAACUUGGCUGACCACCUUGCAGACCCUGUCAACAACAAUGCCUGGGCCUUUGCCACUAACUUUGUUCCCGGAAAGUGAGAGACUGACCUUUGAUUUAUUUCACUUGUAAUAUAGUAAAUCUGGGUAGUGUGUGUCCUGUAAAUUGGUCUCAUCUUUUAAUGCAAAAUGCCUGAUCUUUGAA